UCGUAAAAUAAACAGAAAUCGUCUCACAUCAUCUCUGGCUGGGUGUUUUGGCUCGUUCUUCUGCUGGACUGUAGCCUACAUAUUUCCUGUUUGCUCAUUACAGUAUCGCAGCUCUGCAAAUCGUCAAGACGUCACCGCGGUGUCAUUUUUAUUUACACGAGACUCCAGCUGUUCCACUGACUCGGCAGACAGAGUCGAUGUGUGUGUCCGUGGGUGUGUGUCAUCGCCACGUGAUCCAGCUCGCCAAUGUCCUUCUACAACCCACUCAGCAUCAUGGCUGCGGAUGCUGCGGAUGCUCUCCUCCCGCACCGCAUCCCCGGCCCAUGCCUCCUGCCCCUGCUCCUCCUGAUCGCCUCCGCUAUCCCCACACCGAGCCACGGGCUGCUGGGCUUCCGACCGGAGGGCACGGGAGGAGAUCUGUCCGUGCAGGACGGGCUGUUGAAGGCCAUAGAAGGGACGCGGUUCAUGUUACGCGUGUACUAUGCAGCAUCACCGCAGAGGCUCAACCGGACCUUCAGCAGCGCCGGCAGCACUGCUGCGCCGUGGAUCGCUUUCAUAGAAGAACCGGAACCGGGCAGAGAGGGGCAGGUGCAUCCCAAACGCAACUUGUGCGUGGAGGAGAGCGCCAGGAGCUCGGAUAUAGAGCUCCUCGGAUCUUUCAAGUCAACCUCCAGCCAGAACUCCAUCCUGGUGGAGCUGCUCGCCAAAGAACUGCGGAGAGGAGAGAACAUCAAGUAUUACUCCAUGUGCGCCUUUGACGGGAUCAAAUGGGAGCACUACCGGACGCGCGACUUCUGGCUGGCGGUGGUGGAGCGGCCGCCGCAUGCGGACGGGUGGCUACAAGCGGGUCUUUCGGUGCUGCUUCUAGCGCUUUCCGCGCUUUUCAGCGGACUGGUAAUCAGCAUGCUCGCGCUGGACCCGGUGGAGCUCAAAGUGCUGCAGAACAGCGGCACGGACAAGGAGCAAAAGUACGCGCACAAGAUCGAGUCGGUGCGCAAACACGGUAACUACGUCCUGUGCACCUUGGUGCUGUGCAACGUGCUCACCAACACUUUCCUGGUGGUCUGGACGUGCCAGAUCCUCGGAGUGACGCCCGUCUCUACUGCGGCGUGCACUUUUCUCAUCUUCUUCAUCGGAGAGAUCCUGCCGCACUCCGUUGCGUCCAGGCACGGGCUGGCUAUCGCAUCCAAGACCGUGUGGCUGACCAAGAUGCUGAUGCUGUUGACUUUCCCCAUCACAUAUCCCAUCAGCAAACUCCUAGACAAUAUGCUGCACCAGGAAAUCAGCAACUUCUACACCCGUGAAAAGUUGCUGGCUAUGCUGAGAGUUACCGACCCGUAUCAUGACCUGGUGAAAGAAGAGUUGAACAUCAUCCAGGGAGCUCUGGAACUCAGGAGCAAAACGGUGGAAGAUGUGCUGACCCCUCUCAAUGACUGCUUCAUGCUGGCCUCGGAUGCCAUCCUGGACUUCUACACCAUGUCAGACGUGAUGCAGAGCGGAUACACUCGCAUUCCUGUGUUUGAGAACGAACGGUCUAAUAUUGUUGAUAUACUGUUCGUCAAAGAUCUGGCCUUUGUUGAUCCAGAUGACUGCACCCCGUUAAAAACCAUCACUCAGUUCUACAAGCACCCGCUGCACUGUGUCUUUAACGACACCAAACUGGAUGCAGUGCUGGAGCAAUUCAAGAAAGGGAAAUCUCAUUUGGCUAUCGUACAGAGGGUCAAUAACGAAGGAGAAGGAGAUCCUUUCUAUGAAGUCAUGGGCAUCGUCACUCUAGAAGAUAUCAUCGAGGAAAUCAUCAAGUCUGAGAUUGUGGACGAAACGGACCUCUACACUGAUAACCGUACGAAGAGGAGAGUGUCUCACCACGAGAGGAAACAGCAAGAUUUCUCCAUAUUUAAACUGUCAGAGAGUGAAAUGAAGAUCAAAGUCUCACCACAGCUUCUGCUCGCAACACAUCGCUUUCUAGCAACAGAAGUAGAGCCUUUUAAGUCGACACAUCUCUCAGAGAAGAUCCUCUUGCGGUUGAUAAAGCACCCAAGCGUGGUGCAGGAACUCAAGUUUGAUGAGAAAAACAAGCGAUCACCAAAGCACGACCUCUUCCAGCGCAACAAGCCUGUGGAUUAUUUCAUCCUCAUAUUGCAGGGUCGAGUGGAGGUAGAGAUUGGUAAGGAGGGACUAAAGUUUGAAAAUGGGCCAUUUACAUACUACGGCUUACCUGCUAUCAUGACCAUCCUACCCACAGUCCACAGAUCACCGUCCCGGAGCAGCGGUCUCAAUCAUUCGGAUACUACAAUCCACGGAGGCAGUCUGGGUCAACUGAGCAUCAGCGGAGGACCGUAUUUACCAGACUAUUCAGUUCGCCAGCUCACAGACCUACAGAUCAUUAAGAUCACUCGUAACCAUUAUCAGAACGCCCUGACAGCUACUCGCAUGGACAGCUCUCCACAAACCCCCGACGCAGAGAGUCAUGCGCCCGGGGAGAGAAUGACAAUCCCUGAGACACGCUCCAACAGCAUCGCCCUUCCUCUGACAGAACCACGGCCCUGUCUGACCCGAUUCCACCAGCACAGCCACCUCUACAGACAGCCAGACAGCACCAGCACACUUAAUGAGAGGAACCGCAUCGUCCGAAGUAAGUCCGAUGGACAGAAGAGCCCCAGUGACUCUGUGUUCCUGCGUAUGGAUAACACCCCAUAUAUAAGAGAUACUGGUGCGGAGAGAAAAGAAGGAACUGAUGCGACGGCCGUUCCCAUGGAGACGGACCUGUCUACAUCCCAGCUCAUCAGCUCUCACUCUCUGGGUGCCUCGGAUGAGAACCUGGGGAAAAAACUGCUCCGGAAACUCAGUGUGUAUCAGCAGCCAAGCACCUGACUGAAUCGCAAAUUUGUGAAUCUGCCCAGCAACAAAAAAAGAAAGAAGUCUUGUGAUGGAGAUAAACCUUUGGAAGACAAUCCUGAACAAUCACAGGUGAAGACCUAGCAUUCAUUGUAAGGGUUUGCUUCUCCCACAAAUGUGAAAUCCUCUGCAGCCCUCCUCUGAUCCUGAGUGAGAGAAAGCACAACCCAGUGUACAAUGACCACCACAACAGAUGUAGCAUCAGAAAACCUUGCCUUCAGGAAUAUAAUGUUACAACAAACCUGAAAUAUACAACAUCCAGCAAGACACAUGUUUUCUUUCAUUGACGAGAUGCUACAUAACCGUUGAUAUACUACAGUUUUGAUGGCGGUUUAUGAUGAUGUCAUCUCCAGUCACUGUGGUAAUGACAUUGUGACCUCUGACUCCGGGCAAAGCCAGCAAGCACAAGCCUGGAAACCUGAAGCCAACCAUUUGAAUAAUGAGAGGGCAUAACCUUUAGUAUGUCACAAAAUAUGGUCAUCUUUCAGUAGAAACAAGGUGUUUAUUGUGUGAUUUUCUAUCAUAUUUAGUGAGAGGUAUUUGUCAGGCUGUGCCUGGAACUUAAUCAAGAUAUCAGAGGCAGAUUUGAGACGGAUCAGACCCAUUUAUUUCAUAUUCUGUUGAAUAGCCGAGAUGUUGACAGAGAAAAAAUACCUAUAUUAGGGAAAAGUGCUGUCAGAGUCUUUUUUUUUUUCUUCUAGUUUCUGUGUUUAAAGUAUGGAUAUUUUAUGUUGAUUUCUUAUCAUUUUGCUUUAAGUUUUGCACUUCUGUUCGGCUGAGAGCACAGGGUACAAAGAGAUAUGGCUUUUUUUUCUUUCUAGCUAUUUUUGGCCAUAUUCAAUAGUUUUUUUUAAAAUAGUGUGAGAUGCCAGUGCUAAUGGUCUAAGCACAUGUAUCUGAAGAUAGAUUUAUUUGUUUAAAAAUAAUAACAUUUAUUAUAUUGGCAUGCUUUUCUCAAACAGCAGUGUUAUUAUUGUUAUUAUUAGAACAACAUUGUGUUUACUGUAUGAAAUAUAGAUAUUUAGGACAUGCGCAAGCCAUAACUUGAACAAACUUGAAGCAUUGAUACUAAAAUGUCACCUCAGAUAGAUAUAUAUCAGAUAUAUAUAUAUGAAAAUAAUAAGCAAUAUCCAAAACAUGCAAGAAGCCUAUAGUAUUUAUUUAUUUUGAGCCCUUUUGAAAAUGAUAGAAUAUUUAGUAAUUUAUUGCAACGUGCUGAGUUUCCUUUCAUAAGCAUGCUGCUAUGUAAAUUUAAUCUUCAAGCUCCAUACCUCCUGUAAAUUAGAGCCUUUUUAAAUGGCAUUCAUACUAUCAUUCAAAAGUCUGAGGCCACUAAGAUUUUUUUAAAGGAAUUAAUACUAAUUAAUUAAUAAGGAUAUGCUUUAAAUGGAUUUAAAAAAAAAGUUUCAGGAAAUAUAUUUUAUAAUGUCACAAAAAA